AUGCAAAGCUCUGUCGAUAAACUCAAGUCUGGGUUUGAGGCGACGAUCCAGUCCUUGAAUAGCGACGAACCUAUUCCUCCCUGGCACGCCCUUUCCCUCGAUCCCAUAUCAGAAUUCGUGCCUUGUGUGGACGGAUAUUCUUCCUUUUCCUCUAACCACACAUAUGCGUGCAAUAAUGUUGAUUUAUAUGCGUUUGUACCGCAUUGGGCUACGGGCAGCAAAAAUCGUGUUGGGAAUGAUGUAUGGGGCUGGACUGAUAGGGAAAGUGGACGAGAAUUCGGAAUGGUAGGACAGGGAGACGGGACAGCGUUUGUGGAGAUUCAGCCCGACGGAAGCGUUGAUUAUCUCGGGCGUCUUCCGACACAGAGUGUUGAUAGCAUCUGGAGAGAUAUCAAGGUUAUCGGAAACAUUGCGUAUAUUGGAAGUGAAGCCGAAGGACACGGUGUGCAAGUGUUCAAUCUCAGCAAAUUAUUGGUACCUGGGCUUAAAAACGCACCCAAGAAAUACAACAUCACCACGGAUCUGACUGCCCUCUUUGAUGAGUUGCCGAUUGGUAGAUCACACAACAUAGUAUCUCACAGCGCCAAGCCUCUUAUCGCCGCCGUUGGCUCUAUGCCUAGAAACGACUCCUGCGCCGCUGGAUUGAUUUUCAUCGACGUAUCUGAUCCCGAGAACCCCAAGGGCGUUGGUUGCGCCAGCGAAGACGGAUAUGUGCACGACGCGCAGUGUUUGACGUAUCAUGGUCCACAUGUUGAGUAUGAGGGUACUGACAUUUGUUAUUCUUUCAAUGAAGAUGCAUUUACUAUCUAUGACAUCUCCAACACCUCUUCUCCUAUCAUCAUUUCGACCACGCCUUAUUAUGGCGUAUCGUACUCUCACCAGGGCUGGGUAGUCGACGAAACUGACCAGAGAUAUCUGUUAUUGGACGACGAGUUGGAUGAGGUUUUUUCUCGAGGAUGGGCCUCAGACAAUACAACCGUUACCUACAUUUGGAACAUCGAGGACCUUGAACAUCCCGUCCUGACAGGUCAUUUUAACUCGGCUGUUAAAGCAAUUGACCAUAAUCUCUACAUUGUCGAUGGUCUCGCAUACGAAGCCAAUUACAAAGCAGGUCUUCGUGUUAUCGACGUCAGUAGUAUCACAGAGGAUCCUACCGGAUCAUCAUUCGAGGAAGUUGCGUUCUUCGAUGUUUUCCCUGAAGACGACGACGUUGGGGGUGUGGCUGAAUUUUCUGGUGCUUGGAGCUCUUAUCCAUACUUCGAAAGUGGUUUCAUAUUAGUGAACUCGAUGGAUAGAGGGUUGUUCGUCUUGAAACUCACGAAUUGA